CGAACACACACAAACACAAUAUCCCAGUGAGGUAAACCCCCAGAAUUUCCCCCGUAUGCGCUGUCAUAGCCCUCCCACUCCUGCGAUUUGUGUGUGUGCGUGUGUGUGUGUGUCAACACUUUUCCUUGACAUUCCUGCACAGAGCGGGGAGGCAGCGAGCUUGGCUGCCGAGAGACAAAACUACAAAUCUCACUUCAUUUGGAAAAGUUUGACUUUUCGCAGAAGAAGAAGAAGAAGAAGAAAAACAUGGAUCUUUUCCUUUUUGUUGCAUUUCGUCUCUCCAAAUCUGCCUGCAAGUGGGAAGUCUUUGAUUUUUGAAAAGGGAUUUCUAGAAAGCAUCCUCUUGUUUCCGCCUGUUCCUCCAUUCUCCAUCUCCACCUCCCUGGAGACAGACUCCAAACUUCAGACUGCCGAGUUUGGGAAUACGUUUAGAGAGACAAAGGACAAGAGCGCAGUGUUGCAACAGUUUUCAAAGAGAGCCUGGCUCCUGUAAAGAUGGCUAACGUGGCGCAGCCAGAACCCAACGGCCUGCAGACACCCGGUGAUACUUCAUCAGUUCCUUCAUCGCCUGCCACAGCUAGAAAUGACUGUAGCAUCACACCCCUCACACCCUCACCCUCACCGAGGGUGGAGGUCAGACCCAAGAUGUCCUGCCCGUUCUCGGUUGUCGUGGCAAUAGACUUUGGGACGACCUCCAGCGGCUAUGCAUUUAGCUUUGCACAGGACUCAGAAGCCAUCCACAUGAUGAAACGUUGGGAGGGUGGCGACCCCGGGGUGGCCAAUCAGAAGAGCCCCACGUGUCUGCUGCUGACUCCUGAGUUGAGGUUCCACAGUUUUGGGUUUGCAGCCCGGGACUUCUAUCACGACCUGGACCCAGAGGAGGCCCGGCACUGGCUCUACUUCGAUAAGUUCAAGAUGAAGAUUCACAGCACACGUGACCUCACCAUGGAGACGGAGCUGGACGCCGUCAACGGUCGGAGGGUAAGGGCCAUCGAGGUAUUUGCUCACGCCCUGCGCUUCUUCAGGGAACAUGCUCUAAAGGAAGUGAAGGACCAGUCGUCAUCAGUGCUGGAGGGAGAGGAGAUCCGAUGGGUAAUCACCGUCCCCGCUGUGUGGAAACAACCUGCUAAACAGUUCAUGAGAGAGGCCGCAUACCUGGCAGGUCUUGUGUCUCCUGAUUGUCCUGAGCAGCUCCUCAUCGCUCUGGAACCUGAAGCUGCGUCUAUUUACUGCCGUAAGCUCCGCCUCCACCAGGUGAUUGACCUGAGCUUACACCCAAUCACAAAUGGCUUUGAUUUGGAAGGAUCCCGGCCCUUUGACUCCAGCUUCAGACAAGCGAGGGAGCAGUUGAGGCGAUCCAGACACAGCAGGACCUUCCUGGUGGAGAGUGGAACCGGAGAGCUGUGGUCAGAGCUCCAGACUGGUGACAGGUACAUUGUUGCAGACUGCGGGGGAGGAACAGUUGACCUGACAGUCCAUCAGAUAGAGCAGCCACAAGGAACACUUAAAGAGCUCUACAAGGCUUCAGGCGGUCCGCACGGUGCCAUCGGCGUUGACCUGGCCUUCGAAGCCAUGCUGUGCCAGAUCUUUGGCGAGGACUUCAUCCAGAGCUUUAAAGCCAAGAGGCCAGCGGCCUGGGUGGACCUCACCAUCGCGUUCGAGGCGAGGAAACGGACGGCGGCGCCGGGCAGGGCCAACGCCCUCAACAUCUCCCUGCCCUUCUCUUUCAUCGACUACUACAAGAGACACAGGGGGCAGAGUGUGGAGGCCGCCCUGAGGAAGAGCAAUAUGAACAUAGUGAAGUGGUCCUCCCAGGGGAUGCUGCGGCUGACACAGGAAGCCAUGAACGAACUCUUCCAGCCCACCAUCGUCAAUAUUGUCAAACACAUCGAGGAGCUGAUGGCAAAGCCGGAGGUUUGCGGUGUGCGUUUCCUCUUCCUGGUCGGUGGAUUUGCCGAGUCGCCUAUGCUGCAGAAAGCAGUCCAGAGAGCACUGGGGCGGACGUGUCGCAUCAUCAUCCCCCAUGAUGUUGGACUGACCAUACUGAAGGGUGCCGUGCUCUUCGGGCUGGAUCCCACUGUGGUCAGAGUGCGCCGAUGCCCCCUGAUCUACGGUGUUGGCGUAUUGAACCGGUUCGUGGAGGGACGCCACCCACGGGACAAACUCCUCAUCAAGGAUGGUCGCCAGUGGUGCACCGAUAUCCUGGACCGCUUCGUCUGCGUCGACCAGUCGGUGGCUCUGGGCGAGGUCGUGAGGCGGAGCUACACGCCUGCUCGUCUGGGCCAGCGGAAGAUCAUCAUCAACAUCUACUGCAGCGCCACGGACGACGUCACGUACAUCACCGACCCUGCAGUCAGGAAGUGCGGGACGAUCACAUUGGACCUCCCGGAACCGCUGGCGGGAGCAGUGGGCGGAGCUGGAGGAGGAGCCGGAGGCCCAGAGAGAAGAGAGAUCAGAGCCACCAUGCAGUUUGGAGACACGGAGAUCAGAGUCACAGCCGUCGACGUCAUGUCUAACCGCUCCGUGCGGGCUUCCAUAGACUUCCUGUCUAAUUGAGGAGGAGCAGGAAGUGGAUACGAGGAUUGGAAAACAGAAAAACUAAACUGAUUCUAUGGACGAUAAUAGAUAAAAGCGGUACUUUGGGAGUGGGCAUCUUUUUUUUAAAACUUUGCAUUCCAAGAAGCAACUUCCAUCCUUUAAUUCAGACAUUUAGGCUUUAUAUUUAAUCUUUAGAAACCGGAGAGGAACUUCAUAAGUAUAUAAUCCUCAAAAAAACAUCUCCUCAACUGAAGGGUAGGGCGCCCUUUAUGUCCAAAAAGGAACACAUGAAUUUGUCUGCUCUCCUGACUUCAAUGGAGUUUUUUAUGUCAUACCAUAUAAUGUCACAGGCAUUUCCUGCCCAGAAAAUACCCGGAGCAACACUAUGAACUCGAACAGAUCCCUCAUAAUAAUACAGCUUUUGCAUUAUACUACCUAGAGAGAAACUCACUCAUCCUAAUAGUCAAAUAAGAAGACGGUUGCCUUUUAGUUGUUUGCCAUUUACAAGAUAUUGCCUGGACACAAGCUGUGACUGUGAUUGUGCGUCACCUAGUGGUGAAAAGACUGAACUACACAUACAAAUCACACGGGAGGAUCCUUCACUAUGAAGGACUGUGCAAUUAUAUGCAUCUUUCUUACAAAGUAUGGCACCAUUUACAUUAGGGUGUAUCGGUCGCUAUCUGUAGAAUUCAAGACAUUUUGUUGAAAGUUUCCUUUUAAUGGUAUUCUUCACUUUUCACAUAUCCUACAAAAAUGGGAAACCAGCAUCAUUAACACUGGGAGCCGGUUGAUUUGGGCCUAAACCCAGCUUUCAACACAGUCACUCUAGUCUAUUACAGCUUCCUUUAACCACACCUCUCAGCCUUUCUCAGCAGAUGGAGAUGGCUCAGUUGUCUUCACUGUUACAUGUUAAAACAUGAGUGAAGUUCCAUGAAACGGAGUUAUCUCCAUGGCAACUGAGUAAACUUCAACUGAGGAAGACAGGGUAAUUGUAGUUAAAAGCUUAAAAAAAACAAAAAAGUAAAACCUGGGAUUUCUUACAUCUAACUAUGGUCUGUAUGUUUUAGUAUAAGCAUCUGCCGGGGCUUUAACUUUCCCCCUGAUGCCCUCAUACUGUGCCACAUUAAGAGUCUUAUGUUAUGUAUGCUGUAAUAAGCUGUAUUCAUGUUUAUGUUCACUUCAUGUAUCAGAUUAAGAACCACUGUACCAUGUUCAACAUGCUGGCUCGAUCUUGAGCUUUCUUAGUCUAGUUUAUUUUAAACUGCGCAGGUUGCAAACUGAUUCAAAAGCGUUAUCCUAAUUUAAUGAUCCAUGGCCUUUCAUUGAAAUAAAACCCAUGCACCAUUUUCAAAAACAAGACCAUGCUUUACUUUUUAAAAGAUAGAACACACCUGCCACUAAUGCACUGUUGUGGACAAUCUCUUCUGUCUCUACCCGUAACCAGAUGUUUCAAAAAAACAAACUGUCAACAGUAUGAUUUCAGCUGUGAAUUUAUUGAUAACAAUGGUCCAAUAAAUAGUUUCACAUAGCAUAACCAACGAAUGGUUCAGAACUGCUUAACAUCAGUGCUUUCCCUCCCAUGUUACACAUCAGUUUGUCAAGUAACACGUCCAGAUUAGAAAGGAUGGAAGAGCUGCUUCAGGUCAGAGAGGAAGAGCCAACUUGGAGGGGACAGGAGUGUGUUUGAUACAAAACCAAGGGGGGAAACUAAUUUCAUUCUUCUUGAAUCUCAAUAUUUCUCAGUAAAAUGGCUACACGUGGAAAGAUGCAAGACUUGAAAUGUUAAACAGACGUUACCAAGUGAAAGCUUCAGUAAAAAAA